AUGCGAUUUUUACUUAUGCUGCAUUCAAUUUAUUGUCUAAACAGUCAUGCCCUUGAGAGGGCCUGGCGUUGCACACGUAUCGUUAGUCGAGAGGACUGGGGCCAGUGGCUGCGUCAGCUUGGAACUGCUCUUAUUCGCGAAUCACCAAGUCCUGCUAUUCGUGCCUGCAGCCCCCUUACUGGUUUGACACCGGUUAUCACACGCACUCUCUUUAAUGCAGCGUUCGUCAGUUGCUGGCCCCAACUAACGGAUCCUCAACAAGAUGAUCUUAUCAGCACUUUGGAGGGUGUACUCAGAGUCUCGGACCAACUGACCGAAGUCAGCCAGACGGUGCUCAAUCUGGAAGAGUUUACUGCACAUGUGGACAAGGUUUGCCUCAACUUAAUUAUUUCAUAG